AUGUCCACGAACUUCGACGCGCGCGAGCGCUACCGGGUCGAGAGCCAAAUCUUCUCCAAUGUCAUGGAGAACAGCAAGUACCUUGAGCCGAUAGCGCGAGCGUUCCCCGUGCCCCAGAAAUUUCGAUUCACUCGGGCUUUCGGCAAAGCUUUCUUCAGGUGUUCCCGAUGCCACCACGAGUGGACUUCGCGGAAUACCUUGGUAACGUUCGAUAUCCGCGACGAGAAACUCGUCAAAGUGUGGAAACAGGCUUGUUCUCAAUGUGUUAAACAAGCCGGACGCUCUACCAAAGGGGAUAACAGUGCGUUCUACCAGAGACCCGUCGGGUUCGGUGUUGACGAUCUAAUCGAGCUCAGCCAGUGCGCUAUCCAGAACUUCCUCUAUAAAAUUGGAUACGUCAACGAAAAACAACGGGGUGUACCUGACAGUUCUCACAGGAGUGAAUUAUGCGAGGCAUGCGCCGACGGCUGCUGCCCCACGAUGCGGUAG